AUGGCGUCGAAUGUCAUGGGUUCGCUAAGGCUAUCGCUCCUCUCAGCUCCAGCGCACGCUCCUCUGGAACUUAGCCAGAGCGAGUUCCUCCAUUCUGGCCGAGCCUCUCAACGCCAUCUGGUUCGGCUGGCGAAAGGUAACGAAAGGUCGGCGAAAUGCCACUCUGUUCGCGAAGGUCGUAGAGCCACUGUCGACCCCUUGGCCGUCGCGAUUAACGACCGCGUAUCGGUAAAUACUCCCUCUUCGUCUAGCAGAUUCACUGAAACAGAUGCGCCUGGUGAAUCUCCUGGUAACUCGGGAACACACAUUUCGCCAACCUCGCUCGAAUGGCGUCCCGCGGAAAACCAGGACGCAGAUUCUUCCGAGAUUUCCACUUUCGUGCUGUCAUCAAGACGAGACGGCGCGACGGUAAACGGAACGACGACGGAGGACGAGAAGGACAAGUCGGGAUGGAGAACCCUGGCUGAAGGCCUGGAGCAAUCUCCUGGAAUCUUCGCCUCGCAAGCAGAAGCCGCCAAGGCUGCCGGCCAAUCAGGCCGCCGCCGGCGGAGGAGCAAGAUGUGGUCUCUGACCGAAAAGGGCUGGGUGCUUAAGACAACCCUACCUCGGCCUACUGCUAAACUAUCGCAGGCUAGUUCAGGAGUUGAUACUGCCGUUGCUGUUGCUGCUGCCGCCGUUGCGUCGCGGGAGGGUAUUCUAGACGGGGUGGCUCUGGAGGAAAAUGGGAGCACAAGAGCGGUGCAGCUCGGUGCUGAGCCGACUGCGUUCGGUUCGACGCGGUUCGAGUUGGUUGAGAAGCUCGAGGGGGAGGAGACGGCGGAGAGCAGUGCGGAGGACAUGGAGCUUCCGAUAGGGAGUGGCGGAGGACUCGAGGAGCGGAGCGGAAUGGCCGCGCAGGAGAAUGACAUCGUCAGCGAUUUCCUCCUCGAGUCGCGCAUGAGCCGCGGAAUCGGCAACGACGGCGGACUGAGCCAGCUUCCCCCCGGGGCGGCCGCGGCACUGCGCGGAGCGCUGCGGUGGGCUCCGCCCGCCCCGAAGAACGUCGCGCCCAAGCGGCUGAAGAUCAACCUGGACCUUGACAUCUACCGCGCGCGCAACCUGUUCCGCAUCGGCAAGGCGCAAGACGCGGAAGGGCUCAUGCGCAAGGCUGUGCGCGACUGGCCGGACGACGGGCGGCCGUACGUGGUGCUGGGGCGCAUGCUGCAGCGGAAGGGGCGGCUGGGGGAAGCGCGCCGAGUCUUUGAGGACGGCUGCCAGGCGCUGGGUGGCGAUAACGCGUUCAUCUGGCAGACCUGGGCUGUUUUGGAGGCGCAGGCAGGCAACGUGGAGAAGGCGCGGAAGCUGUUUGACGCUGCCACAGUGGCAGAUGAGAGACACGUGGCAGCAUGGCAUGGGUGGGCGGUUUUGGAGCUGAAGCAGGGGAAUGUGCGCCGGGCGAGAGAGCUGCUGCAGAAGGGGCUGAAGCUAUGCGGCGGGAACGAGUAUAUAUACCAGACUCUCGCAGUAAUGGAGGUCCAAAGUGGACGUGUGGCAGAGGCACGGGCGCUGUUCCUGCAGGCCACGAGAAUGAACGCCAAGAGCGCUGCCAGUUGGCUCGCAUGGGCGCUGCUGGAGGCACAGCAGGGAGACGGCGCCUCUGCUCGCCUGCUCUUCCAGCGUGCCCUGAACGCCAGUCCCAAGAACCCCUACACGUGGCAGGCGUGGGGGUUGUUUGAGGCAGCGCAGGGGAGGUACGACCGGGGGAGGUUGCUGCUGCAGCGGGGGGCACAGCUCAACCCCAAAGACGCCGCACUGCUGCAGGCACUGGCUCUGCUGGAGUAUGAGUGUGGCUUCACAGGCACAGCAAGGGAACUCUUCAGCCAAGCUUCUCUCGUUGACCCCAACCACCAGCCUGUGUGGACGGCGUGGGGGUGGAUGGAGUGGAAGGAGGGGCGGGUGCAGCGAGCAAGGGAGCUUUACCAGAGAGCAGUGGAGGUCAAUGACUCCUCGCCCAACGCUGCCAGAGUGUUCCAGGCAUGGGCGGUUCUGGAAGAGCGGGAGGGCAACAUAGGGCUGGCACGAGCGCUGUUCAAGAGAGCACUGGCAGUAGACUCGGGCAACUCAGUGGUGUGGCGAUCGUGGGCGGCCAUGGAGGAGAGGCAGGGGAAUGCCGUGCGGGCAGAGGAGCUGCGGCUCAUGCGCCUGCAGCAGCGCACUGAGGUGGUGGAGCCAACCUCAUGGGACCUAGGGGGGAUCAUCGGGCCAGCCAUCGAUCGCAUGAAAGCACUCUUCAGCCCCACACGCCCCAUGCCAUUCUCCUCCUCUCGAGCUGAUGCUUCUACUAGCAGCAGCGGCGGGAGCAGCAGCAGCAGCAGUAGCAGUGGUACCAGCGGUGACAGCAGCAUCAGGGAGGGUGCAAGCAGUGGUGGUGGUGGUGGAGGAGGGGAGGAAGCAGAGGUGGGAUCUGCAACUCUUUUCGACGAGUAUGGGGAUGAAGUUGAGGAAUUUGAUGUUGAUGGCUUUUUGGCUGCCCGGCUUCCAAAACAGUUCUCCAAGUUGUUGGAUGAUGUGGAUGGGGUGGGGAAGAGCAUUUGGAGGAAACCAAUUAGUACUGAGGGUAUGCGGCAGAGAAGGUUUACGGGGGAGUAUGAGAAGGAAGCAGAUCCAGGAGUGAGGGAGGCGACUUGA